AUGUCGCCUUUACCCAAUACCCAAAGAGUCUUCUGUACAUCUGUCAGAAAGGACGUUGAGUUUUCGUUCAAAAAACGAGACACGAACAAGGAUUACAGGAAAACCCCUUUGUAUAUAGCUGCGUUGAAAGGUUUUACUAAUAUUGCUGAGAUGCUUUUAAAACACCAAGCUGAUCCUAACAUAGAAAAUGACUGUGACAAUGUGACACCCCUAUAUAUAGCUACUGCUAAGGGUUAUACUGAAAUUGUAUCUAUGUUGUUAAAAUUCAAAGCUGAACCAAACUUUUGCGAUAAACUCAAUAGGACGUCUUUAUAUAUUGCCGCAGAAAAAGGACACUAUGACAUUGUAAAGGUGCUGUUAAAAAAUAACGGUGAUCCAAACACAAGCAGCAACUGGUAUGAUAGCUGUCAGGACAAAAAAACACCGAUACAAAUAGCCUCAGAGAAAGGUAACGAGAACAUUGUGACUUUACUUUUAAAGUACAAAGCUGAUCCCAAUAUUAGAGACAAGUAUAACAAAACAGCUUUGUACUUAGCUUCAGCAGAACAUCAUACUGCUAUUGUAAAAAUUUUGCUGCAACAUGGUGCUGAACUUAUAUCGAGUGUUGCGUGGACAAUAAUUCACCGAUUGCGGUCGCUACAGAGAGAGGUUAUGAUGAUAUAG